GGUGCCUCUACCUGGCUCCCUAGAGACUGGGCCCGCCUCUUCCCCAGGCUUCCCGGCGGAGAGAAGUGGGCGGAGUCAGGGCCGGAAGCACCAGGGCGAGCAUUUAAUCCCUAAUCCCCAAUUUUGGUGGAGCGUGACUGGCAAACUGGUGAUUGUGUGAGACGUCUAAUCUCUAGUCGCUCACCCCUCUACUUUACCACAGGGCUAGAAAUCGAUUUGAGGAAAUCUGAUACCAAUGAGCGGGCGGGGAGACAACCCCAAUGCUAAUUUCUCUAUUUACGGAAGUUCUGUCCCGGCCUACCCAGACUGGUGUCGGCUUCCUUUUUCUCCACACCUGUAGCCGCCUUGUUUUUAUCGUUUUCGGCACCUGCCCUUCCCCAGCGCCCCCACCACCCCGAGCACUAUGUAUGAUCGGGCUCCCCGCCUGCUCAAAUUAGCUGAAGGUGGCAGCACUGAGGCCCAUGUGGGUCCUGGAUCCUACCAGGUACCUUUCCUGAAGCAGCAGGCGACAGGUAGUUAUGCACCAUUUCUUUCUUUGACUGCCAGAGAAAGUACUUUUACCAUUGCCUCUAGCAUUGAGAAAGCUGUUCCAGGUCCAGGACACUAUAAUGUUUCAGAAGCACAGUGUAACAUAAAAGGAGGCCAUAGUCUACAAAACCGGGAGAAACGUUUUAAGAAGUUUAUUUCAGAUAAUCCAGGACCAGCAAGCUAUAAUCAGUCUUAUCCUAAAACACAAGAUAUCAUGAACAGAAAAGUAUUAGAGACCAGAGAGCAUCUUCAGUCAGGAGUACCAGGACCUGGAAAAUAUGAUAUUAAAAGUCAAUUUCAGAAGACAGAAUGUAUGACACCAAAUGCAAAUAAUGCAUCCCCUGCUUUUCUUUCUCAAUCCCAGAGAUUUUUACCUGUGAAAUCAAUCACCCCAGCUCCAGGCACAUAUAAUGAGCCUCGAACUGCUCUCAAGUCCUUGAAGAAAACAUCAGGACUGAAAAAUAUUCCAUUUGGUCAAAGUGCUGUUCGAUUCACACAGGACAUCAGGACAGAGGAAAUGCCAGGUCCUGGAUUUUAUAAUAUCUUGAACAAUACUAUAAUUGCCAGUGUUAGAAAUAUCUGCUCAAAGAAACAGAAGAAAAGUGCAUUUGGUUCUUCUGCUCCUCGGACUUUCUUCUUGGUUCAGAAAGAAGCUUCUGCUACCCCUGGGCCUGCUGAUUAUCAGGCAUGUUGGCAUUCACAGGGUGGUGGAAUUUCUGAUGAAUUACCUAACCUGACUAACAAAUAUGCGGCUUUCUUGUCAAGAGCUGAAAGAACUAUGAAAGUAUCAGAUAUGGUCCUGCAGCAUACAAUCCUGUUUUAAGGAAAUCUUGCCCCAUACCCUUAUUUGUGAAAGCAUCAAAGCGCUUUGAAGAGUCCAAAGAGAUUACUCCAGGCCCGGCAACAUAUGAGCUCAGUCCGUUUUUAAGGCAUACUGUUCUGAAGAGAACAUUUAAUGUAACUCUGCCAAAUUCUUUCUUCACUGAUAGAGAAAACACUUCCACUCUAGAACAAAAAGCCAAACAAAAACACCAAGGAGGCAAAAUAGAAUCUUCUAAAUGGUGAGUGUAUCAGUUCGUUCUCUUACUGAUAUAAAGAAAUGCACAAGACUGGAUAAUUUAUAAAGGAAAGAGGUUUAAUUGACUCAUUUUCACAU